AUGGGCAACAUCCCAGCAACAACUUAGCUUGGACUUUUCCCCAUAACUUUAUCGCGCAUAGCAAAUCACCGAUACUAUCAACACUGGCGCCCUUCAGGUAAUUAUGCGGUCUCUCUUUCGACUCGGGGGGGGGGAGGGGGGGCAAGUUGAGAACAGCGAAGCUCAGGUGUGGAGAAAAACAGAGUUGUUGCAGAACUGACCGAGUGCAUCUACGAUAGAGCUUCCAACACCCACUGCCACCCUUCUCUCCCCACCGAACGAUUUUCCCUUCCAACACCGACAACCCGCCGUCGCGAUGCAGUGGGCACCAUAUUCCCGGGUACCGCUGCAGUACCCAGUCCCGCCGGGGACUUGGUUCUUGAGUCCCAGUUAAUCAUAUUGACUCUUGAGGUGUCGGGUGCUAAGGUACUAUACGGUGCUAGCGGUUAGGAUUGUUUCCUUAACGAUUUCUACUAUGGACUAUAAUGAUCUCCGGCGCGGGCAUAUCAAUUUGUGACGAGUGAGUGAGGAAGCGGGCCUGUAGGGGAGUUUUUUUAUCAGGACGUGGUUCUCUUUGAUUUACGGUGGUCGGGUAUGGCUGUGCCCUGCUCGUAUAAUGGUGCCGUCACUGGUGAGGUUUUGUGAAU